AUGGGCCGCAAAAAGAACAAUAAUAACAAUAAUAAUAACAACAAUAACAAUAACGGCAACAACAACAAUAACAAUAACAACCCCAAAAACUGCACUCAUUGUGGCAAGAAAGGCCAUUUGAAAUCGGAAUGCUUCUCACUACAAGGCAAAAAUGGUAACCAGCAAAAAAACCAAAAUCAGCAGAACAAUCAAAACAAUGGCAGGCAUUGCGACUUCUGUGGUAGCAAAGACCAUUGGUCGGCGUAUUGUUCAAAGAAGCAGGAGACGAGCACCGCGGGUACCAGCGGAUAUAUCAUGGCUGCUCCCUGGCAGGUCCCUCCGCCACAACUCGAGGCCUUGUGGUGCAAGUGGUGCAACACGACCCUCCAUUCCACCGCUGGCUGUCAGAACACCAGUUCGCAAGUCGAAAUCAUGGUUAUGCCCGAGAGCAAGGACUACUACUGCGAAAGGUGCGGGUACAAAGGCCAUGUGAGCAAGAACUGCUGCAACCCUUACCCGGACCAGAAGUGUCUCUUUUGUCAACGACCAGGCCAUGUCUUCCAAGACUGUGUUCGACGUGACGAGCCCCGAAUCCGCGAGAUGCUCUCCUCUCUUCCUCCACGCCUCUCCGAUCCGGUCGUCAAGAAAGACGAGCCUACUCUGAACAUGAGCAAUACAAUCUCGACAUUUAAGAGACGGAGGGAGGCGCUUGACCAGAGUCAGCAAGCCACCAACAGUUUCAUUGCCAAUCUCGUGAACGCUACCACUCAAAGAGAGACCCAGGAUGUCGUCCCCGUCAGACCUCAUGAACUUGUCCACAUUAUGGAUGGAGUUCUGACCUGGGAGCAAGGAGACGAUUGCAACCUGUGGGGUAAGGACCUCACUGAGACCGUCAAGGCGAUGAAGAUGUACCACCUGUCCGAAGGCGUGAAUUUCUUCCGCAUCUUUUUUGCCGUCCAUAGACUCGAGGCAGAUUUCACCAUCCAUUGCGCUAACCCGGGAUGCAAGGGCAACGCUCUCAUCAUUACACCCGAGUUUCAGAAUGUCAAUAUUUCCACUCGUAGCGGUUACCCUCGUGACCAGCCCGAGCAUGCCGUGUUUCUGGCAUCUAGCUGUUCGCACUCCGACUUUUCCUUCGAAUGGAGACGUUCGCGCGUUGAAGAAGGAGAUUUGACCCCCCUUUACCUACUCCAAGCAGCCCACACCAAUCCCAUCUUCCAUCAGUUCACUGAACUCAAGGCCGGUAUUACCACUCGAGACCUUGAUCUCGAGUAUGAUGCCAUGUUGGAAUUGGAGAAGAAACGUCAGGCUAUGGACGCUGAACAGGAAAAGGUAGCCGAAGCAUCCACAAAGCUCAGGCUUCAGGAGGCCGCAUUCAUCACUACUUCUACGCCUCUCACACCUCGCAAGCGUUUCUGGGGCGACACUGCAAUGACUGAUGCCUCUUCACCGCGACAAGACCGCAGAUUUGAUUCGGGAGGCCAACUCACUCCCAAACGCGCAAGAUUCGAAGACCCCAGGCCAGCUCACCAGUAUUCCGACUCCACUCAGUCUUUCUCGCAGCCUGCUGAUCAGUCUUCAGGGACCGCUUCUGAGUACCCAACGACCACUCCUCAUUCUUUCGAUGACGCAACUCAGUAUGCCGCGUCUGAAGCUGACAGAGAUGUCAGUGGGACAGAUACAUACAACAGACCAAGAGGAGAUCGAGGAGACGGAGGCCAGUAUCGAGGCGGACGAAACGAUCGAGGCGGACGAAACAAUCGGGGAGGUCGAAACGAUCGAGGAGGCGGUAGACGAGGCGGUCAAAACUAUCAGCAAGGUGGACAGAACUAUCCGCAACGUGGACAGAGAAAUCAGCAAGGUGGGCAAAGCUAUCAGCAAACCGCACAAAGUUCUCAGCAAACUGAUCAGCACUAUCAUCAGGGCGGGCAAUAUUCCCAAGAUCAACAACACGAAAAAGACAACCAUGGCCAAAAAAACAAUGAUGGCAAGAAAAAGAAGAAGAAGAAAAGCAAGAAAGCUAAACAAGGAGGACAAGAUGGUGGACAAGGUGAUGCACAAGGCGAUUUCUGGGAGAAUUAUGCCCGUAAUUCAGCUGGUAACUCGAACGGCGGUCCAUCUGGUCCUUCUGGUCCUUCAGCUGAACGCCCAGAUGGCGACGACAAAGAUGGCUAUAUCGAGUAG